UUGAGGCUGCGGGCCUCGGGGUUCCUUUGGGCUACGGGCCCCCGACUGCCCGCGUCCGGGUCUGAGCGGGCGGUGGGCUCGCUACUGCCGGCGCCCGCGCCUCUCCGAGACUCGCAGCUCAGGCUACCGCUUCUCUCGCGGAGUUUGCAGUCUCGAGUACGUAGAUGGACGACUCACUCGUUCCACAAAUGCAUAUUGUGUGCCAGCUUCAUCGACGUGACUGCACCUUCUUCAAUAAGAAGGACAUCCUCAAGCUGCACGCGCGGUUCUACGAGCUGGCCCCCAACCUCGUCCCCAUGGACUACCGGAAGAGCCCCAUCGUCCACGUGCCCAUGAGCCUCAUCAUCCAGAUGCCGGAGCUCCGGGAGAACCCCUUCAAGGAAAGGAUCGUAGAGUCUUUUUCAGAAGAUGGCGAAGGCAACCUCACCUUCAACGACUUUGUGGACAUGUUCUCUGUGCUCUGCGAGUCCGCUCCCCGAGAGCUCAAGGCCAACUACGCCUUCAAGAUCUACGGCUUUUUCACUUUGUAG